UUCCUAAUCGAAACGUUGACCUUCCAACCAGGUACUCAAGAUAAUACUAGAGGUGGACAACUACUGUAUUACUAGACCGAGUCUAAAGGCCAAAAUACAAAGGGCUUUCUUUCGUGAUGAGAACAUUGUCACUCAGAGAUUGAAAUUCGAAUAAUUGGCAUAUCAAUGGAUUAUACUAAUUGGAAUAUGUAUAAAGAUGAUUUCUACGGCACUAAAGCUUUUCUAACUAACAUAACAACAAAAAGAAUUCGAAUCAAAACAUCAUAAUUGGAUAACUUAACAACUUCAAGGUUAAAAUCUUGUCAUAGAUAAAUUGGUCCGCAAAAAUCAAUUUUGGACGUUAGUCGUUGACCAGCUGUUCUACCCUAAGGAGGUUCCAUUUUUGAUACUUAAGAUAACAUUGAACGUGUGCCACCAAUUCAAGAUCUUGGCUAAAAGUUGCCGACGUUCAAAGUUCAGUAGACCGUUUAUUGGGAUGGGAACUUUGUCUUUGAGUGACUUUAAAGAGGUGAGAAUACCGGCACCUUGGGGUCACAUCUCCGGACGUUGGUAUGGUAAUCGAACCGAACGGCCGAUUCUCGCAAUCCACGGAUGGUUGGACAAUCUGGGAACCUUCGAUCGGUUGAUUCCCCUGCUCCCCGAUUAUAUAGGAGUGCUCUGCAUUGAUCUUCCCGGACAUGGAAGAUCCUCUCGCCUUCAGCCGGGGAUGCACUACGCCGUCGACGAUUACGUGCUGAUCAUUCCUAGAGUGAUGAAGGAGUAUGGCUGGUCAAAAGUUUCCUUGAUGGGUCACUCCCUGGGUGGCAUCGUAAGCUUCAUUUACACCGCACUGGCGCCAAAUACAGUGGAUAUGGUUAUCUCCUUGGACAUGUUGCUUCCCACGAGUUUGGCCCCCAAAGAGGCACUGGCCUAUGUGAUCCACAGCAUGGAGAAGCACCUGGUGGAAGAGGAUCGUCAGGUGGAGAGCAAUCUUCACGAGCCGCCAUCGUACACUCUGUCUGAGAUGGCCAAAGUCGUCGCCAAAGGAAGCUUACACUCUGUCACCCCCGAGUUUGCUAAGCACCUACUGCACCGCCAGGUGUUAAAGUCACAGCUCUAUCCGAAUAAAUUUUAUUUCUCCAGGGAUGGUCGGGUUAAGUAUUACAAUGUAACGCAAAUGGAACCUGGAUUCGCCGAGGAGAUGACGAAACGGAUCGGAAGAAAGCCCUACUUGGUCAUUAAAGCCUCAAUGUCUUCAUUCAUUGGACCUAAAGUGGAAAAGCCGUUAGCCAUUUUACACCAAAAUAAUCCGCACUUUGAGUUCUACGAGGUGGAGGGUACUCAUCACGUUCAUCUCCAUGCCGCCGAGGAGUGUGCCCGUUACAUAGUGCCCUUCAUCAGGCAUCAUCGACCUCCGGCUCUGACUUCUUGGUCUUUUAGUGGAAAGGAACAGCAACUUAGUGCUGAGGAAAAGCGAGUGCAACAAGAAAGAUUCUUCGAAAUAAGCAAAAACAAACGCAGCAAACUGUAAAGAAACUGACUAACAGGUCUUUGUUAGUUUAUUAUUCAUUUUCACAUUAACAUGAAAAGUAUUUUAAAAUAUAAAUCACGAAUAACUUUGA